UGGUUUUUACAAUGAAAGAAAGUUUAUAUUUUGGAUUUGUACUUAGUUCUCACUUGGUGUCGUUCUUGUCCUGACCAGCAGGUGGCGGUAACACGUUCAUUGUUCUCCGAGCGCCAACCAAAACUAAGACGAAGAAGAUGUAAAGGACUGUUGGCAAAGUUAGCUUGUUGUAUGAGGUGAAUGUUGAGUCUCUGGGUUAACCAUGUAUUCAGGAGAGUCUCUGAUGGACUUUGUCAACAAGCAAGUAGCUACUGCUAGAAAACUCAUCACGAAGGUUGAAGAAGCCUUGGCCCAGUUCGAGGAAGGGCUCGGUGAUCAGCGCAGACUGUCGGAUGUGAGCUGGGAACCACAGAGCAGCUCACACGGAGCAGAACUUCCACAGAAUCAUGUCUGGGAAAACAAGAUGGCUCUGACUGACCAGCAGCUCUCUAAACAGAAAUGGACCUCCAGUUUGGACCAGAAGGAACCAGAACCUCCACUGAUGAAAGAGGAACAACAAGAACUCCUUAUCCAUCAGCAUGAAGGGCAGUUUCUUCUGAAGCAGGAAGUUGUUACCUUCAUGGAGCCUUCUCCUUCUGAAGAAACAUACUGUCAUGAACCAGAACCAAACAAGAACCAACCCUUGUGUCAGAGUACUACAGAAGCUGAGAACCAAGAUCAGGGUGGAUGCAGGAAAGAAAACUCAGAAUCAAACAGCAAUGAAGAACUGACACGUAAAAAAAUAUGCCAAUCCAAAGAUCACAGAGACAGUGUAGAUGAUAAAAAACAAAAAAGGAACAAGAGUGCUCACACAGGUGAGAAGCCAUAUCCAUGUAAAACUUGUGGUAAAUGUUUUAGUGUCAGAGGUAACUUGACUACACACAUGAGAACUCACACAGGUGAGAAGCCAUUUCAUUGUAAAAGUUGUGGUAAAUGUUUCUCACAGAGUGCUGCUUUGAUUUAUCACAUGAGAAUUCACACAGGUGAGAAGCCAUAUCCAUGUAAAACUUGUGGUAAAUGUUUUAGUGGCAGUGGUUCCUUGACUAAACACAUGAGAACUCACACAGGUGAAAAGCCAUAUCCAUGUAAAACUUGUGGUAAAUGUUUUAGUGUCAGUAGUACCUUGACUACACACAUGAGAACUCACACAGGUGAGAAGCCAUAUCCAUGUAAAACUUGUGGUAAAUGUUUUAGUAACAGUAGUGCCUUGACUAGACACAUGAGAACUCACACAGAUGAGAAGCCAUUUCAUUGUAAAAGUUGUGGUAAAUGUUUCUCACAGAGUGCUGCUUUGAUUUAUCACAUGAGAAUUCACACAGGUGUGAAGCCAUAUCCAUGUAAAACUUGUGGUAAAUGUUUUAGUGUCAGUAGUUCCUUGACUAAACACAUGAGAACUCACACAGGUGAAAAGCCAUAUCCAUGUAAAACUUGUGGUAAAUGUUUUAGUGGCAGUAGUAACUUGACUACACACAUGAGAACUCACACAGGUGAGAAGCCAUAUCCAUGUAAAACUUGUGGUAAAUGUUUUAGUGGCAGUGGUGACUUGACUAAACACAUGAGAACUCACACAGGUGAAAAGCCAUAUCCAUGUAAAACUUGUGGUAAAUGUUUUAGUGACAGUAGUCACUUUACUACACACAUGAGAACUCACAUUAGGGCUGCACGAUAUUAGGAAAACCUGCGAUAUUCGAUAACAGUGCUUAAUAUUGCGAUAUCGAUAUUACUCACGAUAAAUGAACAAAUACUAAAGUAUGCAGUGUUGAUGUCUGGUGUGUGACGGCUGCUCUGGGUUUAAAGCAAACAAAAACUAAUGCAUGAAUUCCAUUACAACAUAACAUUUUUAGUGCAAAAAUAUGCAGCUGCACCUGCUACUGUAUUAGCAGCAAAACAACAAACUGCAUGCAUGCAGUUUCUCAGUGACUUUAAAACAUCACCACCACCAUAAAACUUUUUCUGAUGCUCCAAUUACAGAAAAACAUCCCUUACCAGGGUUUUUGAGUAAAUAAAAAAAGUCAGAAAGUAAGUUUAAAUGUUAAAUAAUAGUUAACAUCACUUAAAUGCAACAGCAAAUUCUGUCAUUGCUACUGAACAUUUUCUCCACUUAUGUGGUUAUGAUAUAAGGCUGUUGCUGCAAUUGGAAAGUGAACUGUGCUGGGCCAAACUAGGAGAAUAUUAAGAUUUUCUGAGGGAAAGAGAAAUCAAUUGUCUACCUUUCAGAAGAGGAACUGGCAAAAAACUGCAUGGAAAAUAUGUGAAAACGUUUGUUUUUAACCCCAAAUUGAACAAGUUUACCUAGAUCUUAAAAAGCAGCUCAGAUGAUGAAAUUGCAACUAUGAUUCUGAUAACAAGCUAACAAAUUGAACUUGCUCCUCUAAGAUAACCGGCUAGCAGAGCUUCUGACUGACAGUUUAUGUGCAGCAGCAAAUCAACUAUCCUGAUUAACAGGGUUAUAAAAGUUCAUAAAUGAAAAAUCACUUUGAUGUGUGGGGGAACUUUUCCAGGCCCUUUUUAGCAGGGUGGGACUGGGAGGAGAGUGCUGUAGCCUUUUAGCUGGAAGCUAACCAGAGCCACCACCCGGUGGAACACUAGCAACAUGGAGGUGGGUUUGUUCACCGGCACGUGUCUGAGUCAGCCCGGUAAAAAUGAUUAACGACACGGAGCAUACUCGCGUUCACGUUUGAAAGCAGCGCUGAUUCCAGAAACCUCAGCACAAAGUGCGUUCAUUGCUCUGAACCAGCAUGACGAACAAGGGAACGGCGCCGCUAAUGUUCGGGUGUUGCUUUCCAAAAGGGUCUACGUAGGGGGCGGGCGUAUUACGUUAACGGACCCAUCUGAUUGGCUGCAUAUCAGAAGGGCUACAUUUGAUUGGUCAAAUAAUACUUCCGCGUAAAAAACAGAGCUGGUUUACAAAAAGUUGAUGUAUGACACGGAUGGAAAUGUUUGAACCAAACAUUUAUCGCCGUUUUUGACGUGCUUUGCGAUGGGCCUAUCGCACGUCCUGUUAUUGCGAUGAUGAUAAUUUUCGAUAUAUUGUGCAGCCCUAACUCACAUUAUAUCAUUGAAUUUCUAAAGCCUCAUACUCCAACCCGAGCCCUCAGAUCCACAAACUAGAACCUUCUAGAAGUUCCAAAGACCAAUUAUAGAAGUCCAGGUGAUGGCUCCUUCCAGACUGUUGCACCCUGACAUUGGAGUGGUCCUCCUUUUAGCCUUACGUAGUCUUGACAGUCUGGACACUUAAAAAAAAACAGCAGAAGACCCUUUCAUUUAAAGCUGCUAUUUCUCAGUAUUGUAUUUUCUUAUUUUUAACUCAAAUUUGUAAUCAUCUUUCCUUUGUUUAAUGGUAUUUUAUAAAUAUGUGACUUAGAUUUUUAUUUCUGUUUUAAGAUCACUAUGAUUUUAUGACUUAAUGAUUUGUUUUGAUCUAUGUGAAACACCAUGUGAUUUUCUGUCUGUGAUGAGUGCUAUAUAAAUAAAAUGUACAUACAUGUGAAAAGCCA